GCAGAAACCGUGGAACAGACUGGGCCACUUUUUAUCGGAAAGCAAGCAAUCCUUUCUCGCCCAUGUGCACUCAGAAACGCCGGCACUAGCCAGGGACUGGCGAUUCGUGAUUGGCAAUGAAAUUCCAGACCUUGAUAGCAUUGCCUGUUCGAUCGUAUAUUCAUGGGUAUACGCCUGGGACAACGGUAUCCCGUCGGUUCCGUUAAUACGGUCGACGAAGGCGGAGCUCUUUUUACGACCAGAAAAUCUAUACGCCCUGCAACUUGCGGGCGUGUAUUCGCCAGAGGAUCAGCUGUUACUUCUGGACGACCUCGAGCGUGAGAUAUCCACGCCCGACUCUUUUCCGGUCGACAGGCUCAUUCUCGUUGACCACAAUCGCGUCGAUCCCGUGUUUGUUUCCGGAGAAAUUGUCACGGAGCCAUCUUGGGACGGCGAGCACCCGUAUGGAAAUACUGUUGUCGAGAGAAUCAUCGAUCACCACUCCGACGAGGGCCUGUACACUCGAACUGCUGAGCGCACCAUUGCUACAGCGGGAAGUUGCGCUUCUCUGGUCACUUCUCAGUGUCCAGAAUGGAUGCCUCCCGAGCCCGCCACCCUUCUUCUAUGCGCUAUCCUUUUAGAUACCAACGGUCUGAAGGAUAACGUCGAGCAAAUUGACAUUGAUGCGGUGGCUUUUUUGCUUCCCCGUUCAAUCUUGCAGACCACGUGUGAGCGACCCUCGCCUGAUACUCUCCAAAGUCUGCCUGAGAUACAGAACCUCACCGCUGAGCUCAUGCGAAGGCGACUUUCUUUAUCCCAUCUCACCCCUCUGGAUCUUCUUCGGCGAGACUACCAGGAAUGCAGACUCCACGUCAGGUGGUACAAUCCACCCGUUAUCCGCGUCGGCAUUUCUUGCAUCCCAUUCCAAGCGAAGAAAAGCGGCCUUACAAGAGCCUGUCAAAAUCAUUCAGACGAACAUGGACUCGCUGUCCUUGCCAUUUUGAUCGACCAAACGCUAACGGUACUUACUUUUGAUCAGGGAGGGCAGAGUCUGCGGGAUCGCGUGUGGCAAGGAUUGGAGACAAAGUUCCAUUUCAAGCGACACAGAAAGCUCAGAAUCACAGCGCUUCCCUUUGGUAUGCAACGGAGGACAUACACUCUACCUGCCGCCGAGGCGACGCGGGAAUUCAUAGAGGGAACGUUCAAGCAUGUUUUGGAAGGACGUUAA